AUGCAGAAGCUCGACAAUGACGAGACAUGGUCAGUUAACAAUGACACCAGCGAUGCACUGAUAGAGAAUGCCAACGAACUCGCCAGCAGCUUGGACGGUUGCGAAAUCGUUGACGAGAUCUUUGUCGAUCGGGCCACAGAGAGGGUGGCAAUAGACGGAUACAUGAAAGCGCCGCCGCAGAUAAGCGUCCUCGAACCGGAGGAUUACGACAAAAAACAAAUACACUCCCCGCAAGUGAUCGAGGAGGAGCCGAAAUACGAGUACAACACUAGGGCGUUGUCGAAACACGCGGCGACUUACGAACUGGAGAAGUUUGAGAAGAACUGCCUGAUAAUAUUCAAUCAGGAGAACGUGGACGGCUACAAGCCGAGGCACGGCACGGAGAAGGACGUGCAAGCGCUGAAGAACACUUUCUCCAACUUCGGCUUCGAAGUGACCGAGCAUAAGGACUUUACAAAGGAAGAAGUGUUUAGAGAACUGAAGGCGUUUAGCGAGAGAGAUUUCACCGACUAUGGCUGCGUAGCGGUUGCCGUGCUGACGCAUGGCUCCCACCACGGUCUACUGCGCGCGAAAGACCAGCCCUACAGCGAGAUAGAGAUCAUCAACCACUUCAAGGUCUACGACAAACCCACGCUGGUCACCAAGCCGAAGGUCCUCAUAAUACAGGCCUGCCGCGGGAAAAACGAAAUGCAGGGUGUCGCCGUUCUGCAGAUGGGGAAGAUCAGGACGGACUACGACGAGUCCCUGGAGCCCUACACAUUGCCAGCGGAGUCCGAUAUGCUCAUACUGCACAGCUCUUACAUCGGCCACCCGUCUCAUAGGGACGAGCUCUACGGCUCCUGGUUCGUGCAGACGCUGUGCCACAAGAUCAGCCAGCUGUCCGCCAGCCACGACCUGGAGUCCAUCAUCACGGAGGUGAAGCGCGAGGUGGCCGUGGAGAAGUACCACGAGGAGUACAACAGGCGGACGCUGGAGAUGGACGUGAACAAGCAGAUGCCCGUGACGACGUCCACUUUGAUAAGGAAGCUCUACUUGAAGCGCUUCGGCGAUCAGCCCUCGACGCUGACGCCGUCUUACAACGAGGAGGUGUUCUCCAGGAACGAGGUGCUGGACAGCGGAGCGCCCAGCACCCCGCUUCUCGUCCACUUCGGACCCUGCUCCUGCUUCCUGGACCACUUCGCUUACGUCAGGAGGUGCUUAAGUUAUUACGUCGAUGAAAACCCCAGCGAUGCAACGGCAAGGUCGUAUUUGGACAUCUCUGAAUCGUUCGAGGAUACGAUAGAGUUUAACACAGCUAAGAGGAAAAUGUCUAAGGCAAUUUGCAGUUAUUUAGGCGCCGGCUACCCCGGUCACCAGACGAAACGCAGAGGUGAG